AUGGCAAAGCCAACAACAGAGGAACUUAUCCAGCGAAUGUCCCAAAACGGGGCGGGUACUGGUGAGAAGCGCACGGAAGCGGUCGAAGACCCUGCUAUGUUGCGCGCAAGGCUUAUUGAAGCCUUGAAGAAAGCGCGACUGAUAGAGCGGGAGGAGGACCUGCUUCCUUGUGCUUCUCAACCUGAUCCUGCCCGCCCACCGGCCCCUUCUUCCCUCCCUGCCCAGUCCGUCUCGCCUCAAUCCAUAUCUCCAUCAUCCAAUUCGACCUUGACUGCGGCCGAUCAAGAAUCGCCGGCUUCUUCCUCGUCCUCCGAGCUUUCACACGACUCGUCAGACGAGGAAUCACAGGAAUCGACAAUGUGUUCACCAAAGACAGCAAAAGAGCUGUCAUUAUCGACUGGCCAAUACCAUGCCGUCACCAGUGACCACCAAAGCGGUCAGGAGCCGGAUGAUGAGCCCCAAGCACCAGGACUUGUGCUUGGAGGCUACGUCAGCGGAAAACCUGUAUACUUCGCGACUAAGGAAACUUCGGAGCCCAAAGCGAUCGAGACCAAGACGGCCAUUGGCCUGCGACACGUACAACAGCCUAUAGAGACCUGCUUUGGACAGACGCCUACCGAUGUGCUGGCUGGCGCUGAAUCGAACCAGCCAAGCCUCCCCUCAAUGCCACCCAAUCGCACCUUCUCCAACGACUGGUUCGCUGUUGGCAAGUCCUCCUUGGGCGGCUAUGGCAUCUCUGCCGCCGUCGAUAUCCCGAAGCAUACACACUUCCUUGUCGAGAAACCAUUCAUCCGCCUCAAGAAGUAUUGCGAGCUCCCAGGCAAAUAUGCAAAGCUGUCUCAGGAAGAGAAGCUCGUCUUCGACAAUUUGCACGAGUUCGACAAGCAGGACAGAGCGCCUGUCUUCAAGAAGUGGAACGCGAACAGCUUCGUCCUCGGCCAAGGCGAGGGCUGCUUUGCUAUUGCUUCCAAUUUCAACCACGCCUGCCACUCGAAGCGCAAUGCGCAGUACUGCUGGGACGGAAAGCGGCGCGUGAUGACUUUCACCUCGAUACGCGAGAUCGCGAAGGGAGAGGAGAUCUUCAUCUCGUAUGGCUCGGUCUGGGAGUUGCUCUUGGAGAAGUUCGGCUUCGCCUUUGGGAGGGAUGAGGACUGCAUUUGA